AUGCUCCCACCACCGACCUUAACCUUCACCAUCCCCUCCAUCCAAGAUAACCUGGUGCUCCAAUGUCGGGUCUACCACCCAACAUGCUUAGCUCCUACAUCAGUAUCGCAACUUGAGGAAUGGCAGAAGAAAGCUGCUAUUGUAGCACAUCCAUAUGCUCCUUUAGGAGGUUGUAUGGACGAUCCUGUGGUGGAUGUGAUUGCGACUCUGCUCUUGAAGCAAGGUUUUGUGGUUGGCACAUUCAACUUCAGAGGAGCAGGCACUUCGAAAGGGCGGACAUCAUGGCAGGGGAAGAGUGAACAGCAGGACUACAUCUCCUUCAUUGGAUUCAUGGUCUACUACCUACACCAACUCUCUCCUCCAACCCUCCCCCACGACAUGCCAAACUUCACACUCUCCGACCCCGAACUACGAGACUUGAGCCCCAUACCCUCACAAAUCGUCUCACCGACCCGAAAACGAAGCUUCCCAAAUUUCACAACCUCAGAACCCCACAAUGAGAACCACAACCCAAAUCUCCCCUCCAUAGCCCUCGACCGAGAAGCCACGCCCGAGCCGAGCACCAAACCCGUUCUUCUACUAGCAGGCUACUCCUACGGUGCUCUCAUAACCUCUCUCCUCCCACCAAUCCUCACCUCCCUCCUCACUCCCUUCCAAACAUCCUCUCCGGGCUCCGCCUACGCAGAAAUACGCCUCCGCUCCUCCUCCCUCGCAGCAUCCCAGAACCUCUACAUAAAAUCUACAAUCUCCUCUCUCCUCUCCACCCACCGCCGCGGCCGCAGCCUCUACGCCGACUCCCUCGCGUCCCCCAAACUCAGAAAAUCCAGCGGCGGCGUCCGCAUGGGCGGAGAAGAGGAUCUCAGACGAGCAAGCCACGAGUCGCACCGCAGCCGCAGCUCCUUCGCGGUCGAAGCGGAGGAGAUCGUACGGAAGAGCGUCGACCGCGUACGCAGUAUCGGGAAACACCACCGGAACGACAGCUACGAGAAGAGAUUCUCGCCACGGAGACAAAACACGCAGGGUUCUGUGACUUCGCAGAAGAGUGUUGGUGGUGAGAGUGUGUUCUCGAACGAAACGGAUGGUGGUGGUGGUGGAGAAGAAGAAGAUAGGCAGGUGGAGAAAUGCAAACCAAUCCCAGCACUAGGACAAGAUAUCCAAACAGCGUACCUCCUCGUGUCACCCCUGCAAGGCUUCGUACACGGGUUGGCGACGAUGUUCAGCGCGAAGCUGUGCGCUGAACAUGAAGUGAAGCUUACUGUUGAUCCCACGCUUGCUAUUUUCGGGGAUGAUGAUGUGUUUGUUAGUAUCAAGAAACUGCGGGCCUGGGCGAAGAGGCUGAAUGGGAGUGGGAGUGGGAAGGAGGAGAGUAGAUUCCGGUUCGUGGAGGUUGGUGGGGCGGGGCACUUUUGGCAUGAUAGAGGGGCUGUGAGGAUUUUACAGGAUGAGGUUAAGGGGUUCUUGAAGGCGUUGUAG